AUGUCGCCGAACGAGCCCAUUGUUGUUGUUGGAAGUGCAUGCCGGUUUCCGGGCGGUGUUGAUAGCCCAGCAAGGCUAUGGGAACUCUUGAAAGAACCGAAAGACUUGCAAUCUGAAGUUCCAAAAGAGAGGUUCAACAUCGACGCAUUUUACCAUCCCGAUGGUUCUCACCAUGGGAGAACCAAUGCUCGCCAUGGAUACUUUCUCGACGAGACACCCAGGGCUUUUGAUGCGUCGUUCUUCAACAUCCAAGCCGGCGAGGCGGAGAGCAUAGAUCCGCAGCAGCGGUUGCUUCUGGAAACUACCUAUGAUGCUGUAGCCGCGGCUGGAUACGGUCUACAUGAUCUUCGUGGCUCUGAUACCGCAGUUUACAUCGGCUUGAUGACGCACGACUUUGAGCUUGUCAAAGUCAACGACAUAAGCUACAGCCCAACGUACUUCGCCACGGGUGCCGCCACAAGUAUCGCGUCGAACCGUUUGUCAUUCUUCUUUGACUGGCAUGGUCCAAGUGAAGGUGUCGCUACUGUGGUUCUGAAGACGCUUAGCCAAGCACUGCUUGACGGCGACUCCAUUGAGUGUGUCAUCCGUGAAACGGGCAUCAACCAAGACGGACGCACAACCGGCAUCACGAUGCCGAGCCACGUUGCUCAAGAGACCCUCAUUCGCGAGACUUAUGCCCGGGCUGGUCUAGAUGUUGCGCAAGCUGAAAAUCGCUGCCAAUUCUUCGAAGCCCAUGGAACGGGAACGCCAGCGGGUGAUCCUCAGGAAGCUGAAGCAAUCUCGAAAGCUUUCUUCGGCAGCCAGGAUAGUGCAAACAGUGAGCGCUUGCUUGUAGGAAGUCUCAAGACUGUCAUCGGCCACACCGAGGGCACUGCUGGUAUUGCCGGGUUGUUGAAGGCCUCACUUGCUGUACAGAAUGGCGUUAUUCCUCCAAACUUACUGUUCGAAAACCUCAGUCCCAAGGUUGCGCCCUUCUACAAGAACCUCUCUAUCACGAAAGAGGCCCAGCCGUGGCCAGAACUUAAGCCUGGUCAACCGCGCAGAGCGAGUGUAAAUUCGUUCGGUUUCGGUGGCACCAAUGCCCACGCUAUUAUUGAGGAGUACAAGGCCUCGACUUCAAGCACGGAACCGACGUCGAAGCCAGAAUCUCAGACUAUUUCAACAGCAUAUGCCUUGCCUCUCGUACUUUCUGCCAAGUCAGAGCGUUCCCUGAAGAGCCUGAUGAAGCAGACUGCUCAGUUCAUCAAAUCCAGCCCUGAUGUCGACAUGCUUGAUCUCUUUUGGACGCUCCUUCGCAAGCGAUCCAUUCUACCUUACCGCCAGACUGUCGUCGGAUCUUCCAGAGAAUCUAUCACACUCGCGUUGGAAAACGCCAUCUCGGAAAACGCCAGCUCAGAGCCCAGCUUGCGCUCCUUCACCACCAGCCAGGAGAAGCCUCGUCUUCUGGGUGUGUUCACUGGCCAGGGUGCUCAAUGGCCCGGCAUGAUGAGAUCGCUCAUCCCGGCGAUUACUCAUGUUCGCGACAUCGUGGCUGAGCUUGAUCACUCGCUUCAGACGUUGCCCGCCGAAUACCGCCCUUCUUGGACCUUGUACGAGCAAUUCUUGCUCGAGGAUGAGGCCUCCAAUGUUACCAAAGCCAGCUUUUCUCAACCGCUCUGCUGCGCUGUACAGAUCGUUCUGGUGCGGCUAUUGGCAGCUGCUGGUGUUGAAUUCACCACGAUAGUUGGUCACAGUUCAGGCGAGAUAGCUUGCGCUUUCGCUGGAGACUUCAUCAGCGCCUCGCAGGCCAUCCGCAUCGCUUACCUCCGAGGCCUCACAUCCAAGUAUGCAAGCUCCCCGAACGGAGGUGAGGGAGGGAUGCUUGCGGUAGGAACUUCUUUAGAGGACGCACAGGAGCUCUGCGAAUUGGAAAUGUUCCAAGGCCGCAUCUGUGUUGCUGCCAGCAACUCGCCAGACAGCACCACCAUUUCCGGUGAUGCAGAUGCCCUUGCAGAAUUGCAGACUAUCCUGGAGGAUGAGUCCAAGUUUGUCCGCAUGCUCAAGGUCGAUAAGGCUUACCAUUCACACCACAUGAUCCCUUGUUCGUCGCACUAUAUCAAGGCUUUGAAAGACUGUGACUGCGAUGUCGCUGAUGGGGCCGGUUCUUCAGUGGCAUGGUACUCCUCUGUGCAUCAAAACAGACGCAUGAAGGCAAGCGACGUCACCGCCGAGUACUGGAAUGACAACUUAGUCUCUCCUGUUCGCUUCAUGCAAGCUGUUGAGGCCGCCGCGAUCGAGCAUAAAUCCCUCGAUGCCGCCAUUGAGGUGGGCUGCCACCCAGCUUUGAAGGCACCUUGUCUAGCAACCCUGAAGACUGUUCUCUCGGAGGAAAUGCCCUACACUGGCUGUAUGCAGCGUGGUUCCGAUAACGUUCAAGCUUUUGCCAGUGCUGUUGGAUAUCUUUGGGAACGCCUGGAUCUGAAUGCCAUUGACCCUGACAGCUUCAUCACCAAAGUGAUUGCGCCAGGAAAGAGUCUUCGAAGCCUAUCCAAGGCCCUGCCACGGUACCCCUGGGACCACAGCCGGACUCACUGGAACGAGACACGCGCGAUCAAGGCUCAUCUCCACGGUCAAAAGCCUCAUCUCCUUCUAGGCUCCCUCUCAGCCUCAAGCACCGUUUCAACAUCGCAAUGGCACAACACCAUACGGCCUAGGGACCACGAGUGGUUGCAAGGUCACGCGCUUCAAGGACAGGCUGUGUUCCCCGCUGCUGGAUACAUCGUUAUGGCAAUGGAGGCUGCUCUUCAGAUGGCUGGGGGACGCUCCGUUCAGCUCCUCGAGGUACUUGAUAUGAGCAUUGAUAAAGCUGUUACUUUCGAGGAUGAGAACAGCCCGGCAGAGCUCAUCGUCGCGGUGGACACCAUUGUCUCUCAGCCCGACCAGAUCAAGUUCAGCUUCACGAUUGACUCUUGUCUAGCCAAAGAAUCAAAGCCGUCGACAUCUGCCACCGGUCAGCUUGUCGUCACAUUCGGGGACUCUUCUUCAAAUGUCCUGCCACCCUCAAACGACGAUCCCCCGCACCUUACGACAGUCAACAUCAAAAACUUCUACCGUGAACUAGAUGAGCUUGGUUUCGAUUACAGCAAGGACUACCGCUGCAUCUACAACCUUGGGCGCGCAGAUGCGAAAGCCACUGGCGUCAUGGCCUUCCCGCGUCUGGAUGAUGGAUCUCGUCCGAUCGUGUUGCAUCCAGCUUCUAUGGACUUGGCGUUCCAGACCAUCAUGGGUGCCUAUUCAGCACCAGGAGAUAAGCGCCUGAGAUCCAUCUAUGUGCCUGUUCACAUUGACCGAAUCAGUCUCGUUCCCGCGCUCUGUGCUUCUGUUGCCGAAUCUGAUUCAGCUCCUAUUGUUCACUUCAACACGGAAAACACGUACGACAAGGGUGACGUUUUGGCUGGAGAUGCCACGGUCUUCUCCUCAGGCGAAGAUAAACAAGUUCUCUACCGCAUCGAGAACCUGCUCUUGCAGCCACUAUCCAAGCCAUCGGAGGCUGAAGAUCAUAAAGCCUUCACCAAGACAGUAUGGGGCCCCUUGAAGCCCGAAGCACUCCUGGACAACCCGGACCUCUGGGCUACUGAGCAGGACAAGCAGGUGAUCCCCAUCAUUGAGCGUAUCUGCUAUUUCUAUAUGAAGGACUUUGUCAGCCAGCUCACGGAAGAAGACCGCGUCAACGCUACACUGCCUCACCAGAGAUAUAUCUACUGGAAUGAGCACGUCUCGGCCAAGGUGAAGGAGGGAACCUGGCAUGAGUGGUAUGAUCCAUCUUGGGAGUCAGAUACGCGCGAGCAGAUCGAGCAGUUGGUUGUAGAGUAA